AGCGCUAGGAGCUCGCAGGCCCCGGAGCAGAGGGGUCUGCCCACCCAGACUGCCAGGACCCCAUUUCCAGGAGAAUGGCCCAGAUGUCUCAAGUGCAGGAGCUCUUCCAUGAGGCAGCCCAGCAGGGGGAGCUGGCCCAGCGCCAGCCCUGGUGGAAGAGCCAGCUGUUCGUGUGGGAGCCAGUGCUGUUCGGGACCUGGGAUGGUGUGUUCACGUCCUGCAUGAUCAACAUUUUUGGGGUCGUCCUCUUCCUGAGGACUGGCUGGCUGGUGGGAAACACGGGAGUACUCAUGGGCAUGUUCCUGGUGUCCUUUGUCAUCCUGGUGGCCCUUGUCACUGUGCUGUCCGGCAUCGGAGUCGGGGAGCAUUGUGGUGUCGGCAGUGGGGGUGUCUACUCGAUGAUCUCCUCGGUCCUCGGCGGGCAGACCGGAGGCACUAUCGGGCUGCUCUAUGUGUUCGGACAGUGUGUCGCAGGUGCCAUGUACAUCACCGGCUUUGCUGAGUCCAUCUCCGAUUUGCUGAGCAUCAGGAGGAUCUGGGCGGUGCGAGGAAUUUCCGUCGCGGUGCUUCUGGCCUUGCUGGGCAUUAACCUAGCGGGCGUCAAGUGGAUAAUCCGGCUACAGCUGCUGCUGCUGCUCCUGCUGGCCGUGUCCACGCUGGACUUCGUGGUGGGCUCCUUCACGCAUCUGGACCCAGGUGAGCCUUCUGGAGUCUGUCAGACGGCCUUCUCGGGCUCUGCAGGGCUUUCCGGAGGUUAA